AUGAUUAUUGUUACCUAUCUUCGCUCCAGUGAUCUCAAGGUUAUAUCGCUUGGCUUGUGAAAGUCCACAGGACUGGACGAGAGCUUUUAGGUUGGUAUAGUCGAUAGAAGUGUAGUGUUUUUGUAUUCGCCAUACACCGGGGAGAUAUAAAUACGGGAUAACAGCCAGGAAAGAAUACUAAUGCACAUGUGCUAUGCAUAAUUCCAUGGAAAGCUUGGAUGCAAGUUGACUUGGAAUCGAGAAUCAUAGCCAAAUUACAAGAAACAGUUUGAUAAUUAAAAUGGGUAUGUUCAUCAUCCUUUCGAUUGCAUGCUGUCUCUCUUCAGCUGCCCAAGCAUCACUAGAGAAUGAUGACAUUGUCCCAAGCUCGAUCAUGAUGUCAUUCUGGGAUGAUUGGAUAAGAGAGAACAUUCUACCACCAAUCAGGGUCGGAGAGGCAUCUUCUAACGGGUCACAAUGUUUCCAGGAACUUGAGAAAAUAUUCACAGAAGGCGGAAAGAAGCGAAAUAUAAUUGUAGAUGCGACUGGUAAACCAUCUUCUGGCAUCCUUGAGGGUAACAUUGCUUGGUUAGGGGACUACAGACAGUGUGUAGAUACAACAGAUCUUCAUUAUUGUCUUACUACAGCACAAAUACGAGUACAGUCAGUCAGCCAUCGGCAAAGUGGAUCUCUAUCAGUAGGUGUUUGCCUUCCUGAAGAAUGCAGGGAGAAAGACAUAUUUUUCUUUUCCCGGUUCAUCAAAAAUCUCGUGCCCGGAGACUUGAUCGGGAGAGUAAAAGUGAACUGCAAUGAGAGAAUGAAUCCAUCUGGUGAUUCUGGAUUCAUUUGCACAAUGGUCGUCGUUUCGCUGCUCUGUUUGCUGUGUCUCAGUGCAACGGCAUAUGAGAGUUAUCAGAAUCAUCGAAACAGCUUAGAUGAAGAGAGACAACCAAUCCUUGAAGUUAAGACGUCAAAGAGGACCUGUAGCAUUAACGAAUCAGUUAAUGAUAAAGACCUAUCAGCAUGGACAUGGAGGAGAUGUAUCCUCUGUUUUUCUCUGACCCGCUCUGUGAAUCAGAUCACUAAUACGACAUCAGGGAAGGAUGAUAUCCAAUGUCUUCAUGGCAUGAGAGUUAUCAGCAUGUUCUGGAUAAUACUCGGACAUUCAUUAAGUUUCCAACAAAAGUCGGGCGCAUUGGCUGAUGUUUUGUGGGUGUACUCAUUCCCAGCUAAAUGGUUCACGAGCCAGGUUAUUUUUAAUAGCUAUGUCGCUUUAGAUACGUUCUUUUUCCUCGGCGGCCUUCUUGUUGCCUAUACGGGCUUCAAAUACAUGUCAAAAUCUGUAGGGAGAGUCAACUGGUUGGUUGCAAUAGUACAUCGAUAUAUCAGGAUAACACCAGCGAUGGCUGUUGUAAUUCUUUUAUACACCUUUGUGUAUCCUUACCUUGGAGAGGGACCUUUCUGGUACCAACGAGUGGAAGACGUUCGAGGUUGUUACCAGUGGUGGUGGACCAACUUCCUUUAUAUCAACAAUUUUGUACCGUCAGACACAUCGAGCGGGUGCUUAUCAUGGUCUUGGUAUCUAGCGACGGACAUGCAGUUAUUUCUGCUUGCAAUCAUCCUCAUCGUUCUACUCUGGUGGCAUCCAGCAAUCGGUAUCGUCUCUUUAGCCGUCUUAUCUCUGGCUAGCAUCACAGUACGCGCUGUCAUCUUCUCAGAAAGGGGCUAUGCAGCCACUCAGCCCAUUAAUUCAGCAACUGACAGUACUGACAUGUUCCCAUUUUCUGUCAAACCCUAUGCCUGUGCCACAGCAUACUUAGUCGGUAUUGCAGCGGGUUACUGUCUGCAUGUAUUGAAAAAUAAAGCACUUCCAAGAUUACACGUGGUGGUUGUUAUACUUGGUUGGUUGUCUGCUUUUGCUAUGGGAAUGUCCAUCGUAUACGGUCUCUAUGGAGCUUUUGAUCACCCCGGGCCAAAGAUAGUAGUCCAAGAAAAGCCGCUAAACGUGGCAUAUGGGUGCUUGAAGAGCCUUGCGUGGACACUAGCACUAUCCUGGGUGGUGUUUACCUGUCAUUAUGGUUACGGAGGUGUGAUAAAUCGAUUCCUUUCUUGGAGUUUCUGGAUCCCUCUGUCUAGGUUGACGUUCUGUGCAUAUCUAUUACAUCCUGCUAUUAUCUACCUCAACACUGGAACAAUCUCAAUGAGCUACAAUUUUAAUGUCAUUGGUCAGAGUUUUCGAUUCACCGGUUUCGUAACGAUCAGCUACUCAGCAGCUUUCAUUCUUUCUUCGUUGAUUGAAAUGCCAAUCAGUAGUCUUCAGAAGAUGUUCCUCAAGCGAUAAUCCACAAUUCUCUUGAAAGGGGAAAAAGUAAAGCAUUAAAGAUGAAUUCUAUGCAUAUAGAUACGUUAUUGUAGAUGUAAAAUGAAUCAGGGGUUGUAAGAAAAAUCAUUUCCAAUGUCAUAUACCAUGAACUCAUCAAAUUUGCAGUAUUUUUUUACUCGUACUUUAUUUGCAGUAUUUUGUAACUCGUAGUCAUUGCAAUAUUUUGCUACUAAAUAAGUAAAACAUUAGAUAAGUUAUGAAAGAUGAAUUCUAUGCUUACCGGUAGAUAUGUUAUUGUAGAUGUAAAAUGAAUCAAACAAGGGUUCUAAGAAAAACCAUUUCUAAUUUCAUAUACUUUGAACUGGUAUAUUUUGAUGGAGAUUUUGGGGGCUGUUACUUUUCAUGAGAUUUUGUAACUCAUAAAUUUUGCAGUAUUUUUUAACUCGUACUUUAUUUGCGGUAUUUUGUAACUCGUAUAGUUAUUGCAAUAUUUUGCUACUAUUACAAAGGCUAUUUUAUUUCUUUGUACCUCCUUAACAUUGCAGUAUUUUGUGACACGUAUUUGUUGCAUUGAUGUAACAGUCAUCCAAAUUACACCCAAUUAUUGUUUGUGAUAAAUAACUGUGCAAGUCGAUAUUUGCAUUUA